CAAGUUGGUACGUCAAUAUUUUGUUUCGGGCACUUUUUUGUUGUGUUGGUGUUUUGUGUCUCGCAAUGCAGAGAUUUUUGAGGUUAUCGAUCUCAUGGAUCAACAUUAAACGGAAUUUUCCAAGGAAUCAUCCUCGAGAAUCCUCUGCAUUGCAGUGUGUUGACUUCUCAAGGAUACCCAAAAUGGCUCAGAGUACAGUGGCUGGCGCCAGAAGCAAGGAUUUGAUAAAAUUUCUGGAAUUGGUGGGAAAUUUAAAGCAUCUGAAGAGAACUGGAUGGGUGCUGAGGAAUGUUCAGGAUUGCGAAACGGUGUCCGCACACAUGUACAGAAUGUCCAUGGUCACGUUCCUUCUGGAUGGCACGGAGGGACUUGACAGGAUUAAGUGCAUGGAAUUGGCACUUGUGCAUGAUUUAGCAGAGUGCAUAGUGGGUGACAUAACACCCUACUGUGGAAUCUCCAGGGAGGAGAAGAAGCAACGUGAGAUGAAGGCCAUGGAAGAUAUUACGAAGUUGAUAAGCCCUCGAGGGGACCACAUGAUGGAACUUUUCCAUGAGUAUGAGGAGAGCACCAGCCCCGAAUCCCGAUUUAUCAAGGAUCUCGAUCGCCUGGAUAUGGUGUUGCAGGCAUUUGAGUAUGAGAAAAGGGAUAACUGUGUGGGGAAGCACAAAGAGUUCAUAGACUCUGUCCACGGGAAGAAUCUUCAUCCUCUCGUUGGGGGUAUGAUUGAUGAGAUCAAGGCCCAACGGGAGGCUAUGAUGAAGAAGGACGAAAACACCGAAUCCAGUUGAUUAUUCAAUCGACAUUCCCAUUAGGAAAAAUUAUACUGAUACACCGUUUAUUUAUUUAUUAGAGGAGGUUUUACGGGUUUUUAGGCGUUUUCCUUUUAAUGUUUAAUGUAGGGUGAUCAUUCAAUGUUUCCACGAAGAAAAGUAUUAUGGUGAAAAUACUUUGAAUAACAUGGAAAUUAACUUAUAUAGCUAAUUAAAGAAAAUUAUUGUUUUAAGCAAUGUUUCUAGAACAGAACAUUGAUGUUAAUUAGUAAACUGAUAGUCACACAGAGCACAAAAACAGAGAGUUGUGGAGAGACGAUUGCAGGACAAAAGGGAAAGGUUCGCGACAAAUUGACCAAAAGAACAAGAGACGACAACAUUGUACUGCAUACAUUGUAGCAUAAAAUCUACAUUAUUAUACAUGUUAUAAUGGGCGCUAUGAGUGGGUGGCAGAGAAGUAAUGUUGUACAUUUCCUUACAGCGACAUAAGAACAUUCAUCUUUGUUCAAUUGUUCACAACUUUUUCUAGCAAAUCCUGCUUUUAUUAGGUUAAUAAAAAGUGAAUAAACAAACACAUUAUAUUUUACAUAGAUACAGGAUGGAUAGGAAAAUAUGGAUUAUUUUUAAUAGCUUAUAAAAUUUUAUUUAGUGCAAUAUUUAAAAAAACUUAAAAAGUGUGUUUCAUAGUGUCAAAAAUUCAAGUUUACAUAAAAAGCAAUUUGUAAAAUUUUAAAAUAUGGUUUUAUGGAAUUCUGGUAAUUUUUAAGAAUAGUUUGUUUUUCAAAAUUCAUUCAAAAAAAUGAUUUUAAUAUUAAAUAAAAAAAAAUAUCUUCAAAUUCUUGAGUCAAGAUUACAA